AUUGCAUGGCUCACUUGUCUGUCAUUCACAGCAAAAAAUGCGCACGUCGCUCGUCGUGUGCCUUUUUUGGCUUCUAUUUCAAUUACAUACAACACAUGGCUACAAUACGCUCGUUAACCUCGCUGGAAACUGGGAGUUCUCUUCAAGUAACAAAACUGUCAAUGGAACAGGAACCGUUCCCGGAGACAUUUAUUCGGAUUUAUACGCCUCGGGAAUCAUCGACAAUCCGCUUUUUGGGGAGAAUCAUCUGAAUCUAAAGUGGAUUGCCGAGGAUGAUUGGACGUAUAGCAGAAAGUUUCGAUUGAUAGAUCUAGACGACACGGUUGGCGCCUUCCUCGAAAUUGAGAGCGUUGACACAAUUGCCACCGUGUAUGUGAACGGACAAAAAGUCUUGCAUUCAAGAAACCAAUUUCUGCCCUAUCAUGUCAACGUGACGGACAUCAUUGCACUCGGUGAAAAUGACAUAACGAUCAAGUUCAAAAGUUCAGUGAAAUAUGCGGAAAAGCGAGCGGAUGAGUACAAAAAAAUAUUCGGGCAUUCUCUUCCACCAGAUUGCAACCCGGACAUUUAUCAUGGAGAAUGUCAUCAAAACUUUAUUAGAAAGGCCCAAUACAGUUUUGCCUGGGAUUGGGGACCGUCUUUUCCAACAGUUGGAAUCCCAAGCACUAUCACUAUAAAUAUCUACAGAGGACAAUAUUUCCAUGAUUUCAAUUGGAAAACUAGAUUUGCUCAUGGAAAAUGGAAAGUCGCUUUUGAAUUCGACACAUUCCACUAUGGUGCAAGAACCAUUGAGUACUCUGUUCAAAUUCCUGAGCUCGGAAUCAAGGAGUCUGAUUACUAUAGACUAUCAGCCACCAAGAGUUUGCAAACAAGAUCAAAAAACAUCAUGUCCCUAUCAAUUCCAAUGGAACACGAACCAGAACGUUGGUGGCCAAAUGGAAUGGGAGAGCAGAAACUUUAUGACGUUGUGGUGUCAAUGGGAGGCCAAGUGAAAGAAAAGAAAAUUGGAUUCAAGACAGUUGAGCUAGUUCAAGAUUUAAUUGAUCCUAAGAAGCCAGAGAAGGGAAGAAAUUUCUAUUUUAAAAUCAACGAUGAGCCUGUUUUCCUAAAAGGAACAAAUUGGAUUCCUGUUUCAAUGUUCCGGUCAGACAGGGAAAAUAUUGCUAAGACCGAAUUUCUGCUGGAUUCUGUCGCUGAAGUGGGAAUGAACGCAAUUCGAGUUUGGGGUGGCGGAUUUUAUGAGUCGAAUCAUUUCUAUUAUUAUGCGUCCAAAAAAGGCAUCCUUGUGUGGCAGGAUCUUAUGUUUGCCUGUGCAUUAUACCCAACAACCGAGGAGUUUAUACAAAAUGCAGAGGAAGAAGUAUCUUACAAUGUGGAUCGUAUCAGCCAACACACCUCUGUUAUCGUGUUCUCAGGGAAUAAUGAAAAUGAAGCCGCGAUUCGAGGACACUGGUGGAAAGCGUCCAAUUACACUGAAAGCCAGCAAGUGAAAGAUUAUGUGCUUUUGUAUCAGAGACUGGCGAAGAUUGCAAAGAAGGUGGCUCCAACGAUACCAUUUAUUAUGUCGAGUCCGUCGAACGGCGUGGAAACUGAAGAGGAAGGGGGAGUUUCCAAAAACCCCUACGACGUAAGAUAUGGUGAUAUUCACUAUUACAACGAAUUUGUGAACUUAUGGAGAGAUGAUACUUAUUUGACACCUAGAUGUGCAUCUGAGUAUGGUGUCCAAAGUUAUCCAAUGAAAGAAACAAUGCUCAACUGGAUUAACGAGUCGGACUGGGAGUACACAAGCAAAGCAAUGUUCCAUAGGCAGCACCACCCUGGAGGAAUUGCGACUAAUCUGCUAAUGAUUUUCCAGCAUCUUCCGAUUCCGGCGGAAUGCGGAUCGAAAUCAGUUUCUGACGUUCCAUCUUGUAAGUAUAUUUCAUCAGCAUCUUACAUGAGCAGAUUGGCAUACUUCUCGCAAGUUCACCAGUCUAUUGCACUAAAAACCCAAACCCUUCACUAUCGAAGAUUCCGGAAUACAACAACAAAUGAAGGACUUGGAAACACAAUGUGUGCAAUGUACUGGCAGUUGAAUGAUGUUUGGGCUGCUCCGACGUGGUCCACAAUUGAUUUUGAACAAAACUGGAAAAUGGCACAUUAUGAAGCUAGGAGGUUCUUUUCAAAUGUAGCUGUGUAUUCGUUUGCUGAUGAAACCGACUUCAACUUGAAAGUAUUCCUUCUCAACGAUAAUCCAUAUUUACUACACAAUAUUACUGUUAACGUACAAAUGCUCAGCUGGGGCAAUGGUCUUGAUCCAAUUCUCACAAAUGAGUUCCAUAUUGAUAGUGUACCUGCGGGAAGCUCGGAAGUAUUAAAAACUGGAAUCACAUUCUCCAAAAUCACAGAAUUAUCGGAAUAUUUAUACGUGUCAACGCUAUAUGAUUCAUCUGGGGUGAAAAUUCAUGAAGAUGUACUAGUUCCGGAUUUCUUGUUUGAGGUUGAUUUCAACACAUUUGGUGAUGUACAAAUAAGUGAUGUUCAACGAAUUGACGAAAAAACUUACGAUCUCACCAUUACCACGGAUAGAGUCUCACCAUUUACUUGGAUAACUUGCAAAAAACCGUUCACCGGCUGGUUCAGUGACAAUGGGUUCCACAUGAUUCAGAGGCUGCGGAAGAUCAGACUUAUCGCAAAGUUUGAAGUAGAUCUUGAGAAAUCCGACUUCACAGUUUGUAACCUUAAGAAUUGUUACGUUUGAGUUGUAUAAUUUUGCCUUUUGUCUAUGUUCAAAUUAUGUCUUGUUACUUUGAUUUUUGUUUAAAAACAAUUACAACAAAAAUAAAUAAACAGUUUGUUGGAA